AUGGUCUCCACCAGACCCAAAAACACGCUCCGAGGCAUACCUCAAGGAACAGAAAUUGAUCUCACCGGAGAGAGCCCCUCACCGUCAAAACCAAAAACUUCGAAGAAAACCCCACGUAAAAAACCACUCCUGAUGGAAACCACACCUACUCCCUCAUCCAAAACCCUACCACAAACCGAGAGCCCCUCGCCGGUGGACGAACAUGCCAUUGAGCAAUUCACGGCGGAGAUAGACGUCCCUACUCUCGGCACCGGAGACCAGCAUGCAGCUGAAGGAGAAGGCAAGGCGACACCGGAAAAGGCGAAGGAAGGCGAGGAAGAGCCAUCCAAGAAGAAGCGCACCCCCACUGCUCCGAAGAGGAAGAAGCCGGCGGCUGAGAAAUCGGCCACGCCGGCCGAAGGAUCAUCCAACGAAAGAAACGAACCCUCGGGUUCAAUGCUGCAAGAAGAACAGGGGGAGUCCGGCGAAGAGCAAGAAGAAACUCCGGCGAAGAGGAGGAGGAAGGUGUUAGCCCCGACCCCGAUCCGAAUGAUUAAGGGAAAACCGGCAUCUGCACCGAGGAGCAAGAAGAAGGCGAUGAAAGGGAUUGCUGUGCCCAAGAUUCCGGACAUGGAUGCACUGAAGCCUCUGGGCAUAGUGGACAAGGUGAAGGAGUAUUUACACAACAUCGGAUGGAAGGAAUUUCUGGAGUGGCUAGGGCACGCAUACGAGGAGGUGGUGAGAGAAGUGUUCGAGUCUAUGCAAGUGGAAAUCAACCAAACCUGCGGACCUCUGGGCAUGAGUUUCUCCAUGAAUGGGGAGACCCGAGAUAUGUCAGUGAAUGAGCUCAACCUCAACUUGGGAAUGGCGGAGCUUAAAGACCUACAGAAGAAGGAAUACAAAGACGCGAAGAGAGGAAUCCCCACCUUCACUGCACGAGAGUGGGAUGAUAUGUGGGCAGAUAUCGGCGAUGGAGGAUCGUUCAGGACGUAG